AUGCAGUUCAGGAACAUUGCUCUUAUCACUAUUACUGUUUUUCUGCUCCUAUUGGCAUUUCUCGGAUUCUUAUUUUCGAUUCUUGGCAUGCAAUCUUGUGUUUAUUUAUUCGUAGUCAUUGGGUGGGUUAUUAUCACACUCACAUUCAUCUUGUGUGGCAUAUUUCUCGUUUUCCACAACGUAGUGGCAGAUACAUGCGUUGCAAUGAACGAAUGGGUCCAAAACCCCAUGGCCAAUUCAGCAAUGAAGGAGCUUCUCCCUUGUUGGGACAGAGAAUUUGGCCAAAAUGUGUUGGACGCAAGCAGAUCAGUAGCCACCGGAUUAAACGGUAUACUGAACCAAUACAUUGUCCUUGUAGCCAACAACGAUACCCUACCGUCACAAGCUGUACCUCUUUAUCACAAUCAAUCUGGUCCAUUAGUACCUGUCAUUUGUGACCCAUACACCAAUGCUAACACUCAACAAGGCUGCGGUGAUGGUCAAGUAGCCUUAAGCAAUGCAACAGAGGAAUGGAAGAAAUAUGUAUGUCAAGUUUCAGCAGCUGGUAUUUGCAACACAGCAGGCCGCCUGACCCCUGAUAUUUACAACCAGAUGAGUUCUGCUGUUAACGUAAGCUUCGGAUUGUACAAUUACGGCCCCUUUCUUGCUAGUGUAGUAGACUGCACGGUGAUCCGAGACACUUUCAAAGACAUUACUGAGAAUCAUUGUCCAGGGCUGAGGAAAUACAGUCAAUGGGUCUAUAUUGGUUUGGUAACUGCUACAGGUUCGAUAAUGUUUUCUUUGAUCUUUUGGGUGUUGUACGCUAGAGAAAGGCGGCACCGGAAGUAUACCAAGAGGAUCAAUAAGGGCUAUGAUGAGUCUCCUCUUGUUGGAGGGAGGAAACUGUAAAGAAUUGAGCAGAUAUUGAUCGCAUCAUCAAGGCUGAAAACUCAGAAAUGUGGCAAGAACAAAUGAAGGGUUAGAGGGGAUAUAUAUCUGCAACAUUCCAAAAUCACAUCUUUAACUUUAUGUGAUCUUGAUUGCCUUGCCUCGGAUGGGAGAAAACUGUUGAUAGACUAGACUCAUUUAGGUUCAAAUAUGUGGUACAUAGAAUGUUUCAUUUAUUUAAUGCUGAGCAAGUCUUGUUCAUAUGUAUGAUUAAUCUUAGAUUCUUGGAGCAUUUUUCAUAAUUUUAACACUCAUUUUAUCCAAAAAAUGAACAAAAAAAAUUUUAAAU